AUGAAUGUCAAGUCGAGGUUAACACUUAUAUUGCCCCAAAAAUUUUUUGGUGUGUUACCAUUAUUUAUAGGAGUUGAAAUGGUCUUAGGGGUUGCUAUUUUAAAUAAAGCCGGUGGGGCCUUUGGAGUGUUAUCACUUUUAACAGGGCAUCCUAUUAACUUCUGGCAAUGGUUAUACAAUGUUUCAUGUUUAUGCAUAUUGCCAUUUUAUAUUUCUGCAUUAUCCAACUUGACAGUAAAGUUUAGAAACGUUAGAAAGAUCUCAUUUGCAUGUCUUAUUUAUACAUUUGACACUGCUUUUGGCCUUUUAUAUACAUUUUAUUUCACUUAUUUUUGGUUUAGUAGUGAAGAUACCAAUCCUACUGGUAAUGAAAGAAGAGAUUUGGGUGUCUCUGGAGGAAUUGCUGCAGAAGCUGUUCAACCAGGUAAAGGAUACACUAUUUCCAGUUCAACUACAGACUUAUCACAAUCAGCAUCUCCUGCAAGGGAAUUAUUUUUAACUGUCAGUGCCACUUUAAUAACUACCUGUUUGAGAUUUUAUUUUAAUUUAGUGAUGAUUUCAUUUUCUAGAUCAUUGAUUAAACAAUACACUAACGAUACUAUCAAUGUGAACAUUAUUGAUGAAGAAGCUCAAGAAAUCUUUAGUAGAAAUACAAUUCUAAGCAGAAUUAAAAAGGCAGUUUACGAAUUAGAAAUGAGAUCAAAAGAUAUUUUAACCGAAUACUUUCAAUAA